AUGUUUUUCGUGUGUUUUCAGAGCGGGCUGGAGGUCGGCGUGGAGUUCACCCACGAAGCUACAGACGGCGACUGCCACUUCCUUGCAUCAGUGUGUCCUGACUGCUUCAAACCCACCAAGAACAAGCAGUCGGUCUUCACCAGGAUGGCGGUGGUCAAAGCUCUGGAGAAAAUUCCUGACGCCAGCUUCCUCAGACAUUACCCUUGUCCUCCAGCGCGGCCAUCCAGCUGUUGCAGUCUUCAGGGCGUCCAGUGUCUCCACACGUCCGUCUUCAUCGCAGGGAGAUACAACAAGUUCUGCCGCAGUCUGCCUCAGACCCCCUGGGUGAUCGACGGAGAGAGGAGGAUGGAGUCUUCAGUGGAGGAGCUGAUCGCAGCGCCCGUCCUGUCGUCCUUCAGAGCCGAGGGUUUUAAUUUCUCCUCGUCCGGCAGAGAGGACGUCGACGUCCGAACUCUUGGAAACGGUCGUCCGUUUGCGAUGGAGCUGAUUAAUCCUCACAAGUCCAGACUCAGCCGGGUCGAGAUGAAGCAGCUGCAGGAGACAAUUAACGAGUCUUCAGACAAAAUCAGAGUACGAGACCUGCAGAUCGUCUCCAGAGACGCUAUGAGUCGAAUGAAGGAGGGCGAGGAGGAGAAGACGAAGUCGUACACGGCGCUUGUCUGGACCAGGAAACCGAUUCAGAGAGAUGAUAUCAUCUUCAUUGGUGAAAUCAAGGAGCUGACUCUGGAUCAGAAAACUCCUCUCAGGGUUUUGCAUCGCCGUGCGCUCGCCGUCCGACAGAGAGUCGUCCACAGUAUGAACGCUCGCUUCCUGGACCCGCAUCACUUCCACCUGGAGCUGAAGACGCAGGCCGGGACUUACAUUAAAGAGUUCGUCCACGGAGACUUCGGCCGCACUAAACCGAACCUGUGUGAGCUGCUCCAGACGGACACGGACAUUCUGGAGCUGGACGUGGAGUCUGUGGACGUGGACUGGCCUCCCGCCAUCCCAGAGUGAACGUCGUCCCGGAUCCGAGAGCCGGCGGGUUCGGUCCUGUUGGUUCGUUUCACCACGGCUCGUCCCAUAACGACGCUGCAUCGAAGCGACCGCCAAGGUCACGUGAGAACACCGGUGAAUGCUGUUGGGAUGUGAGAGUGGCUCCGUCCUGCUGCUGCUCGGAGACGUUUGUGACACGUUCAGUAUUGUUCCUGACGAACCUCGGAGGGAAAAACACUUUCUUUACAUUUAAUUUCAUUGUUUUUUAUGAAAUUUUCCGGCAGCGAGUCGCUGAGUUGUGACGAUAUAUUGAGUUUUCAUAAUUUCAGGGACCUCAGAUUUAACUUUUGUGUCCAUCUGAUUAUUUCUAAAACACAUUUCCACGACUCACUGUGGGAUAAAAUGUAAAAUUAGAUUUCUUGAGCUGAGGUCACAGAUGAUGCCACUGAUAUUAUUUCAGAUAACUUUUUUCAUCCUGAACUUUUAAAUGCAUCUUAUUUAUGAACCCUUAGUUUUUCACUUAAAAUGUGCUUUACUGUUAGUUUGUCGUGUUAAGUGCAUUUUUUUGCUCAGAAUCAAUAAAGCAACUCCACCUA